CACCAUGAAAGUAUUUGUUGCAUUCUCCACUUUACUGGCAGUAGCUUCUGCUAGUACUUUGUAUUUGGCUCCAGGACAUCUAAUUGCACCAUCUUCUUCAAGUCAAUAUCAUUCUCAAGAUGGAAUUGGUCAAUACGCUUAUGGAUACAAUGAUCAUUUGUCAACUAAGCAGGAAGUAAAAUCCUUAGAUGGAACAACUAGAGGAUCAUACAGCUACAUUGAUUCGAACAACAUUCUACAAACUGCCAACUAUGUAGCUGAUGCUGGUGGUUUCCGAGUUUCGGCAACCAAUUUGCCAAAACCUGUCGAAGCUCCAGUUAUUCCAGCUCAAAAUGUACCUCAACAAGUUUCUGAUAGUUUAGAAGUUGCUGCUGCCAAGUCGGCUCAUUUUGCUGCUGUUAAUGAAGCCAAACAACGAUUGGGUUUGCAGGACUUAAUUCCACUCGCAGUUGCUGGUCUACCACAACAAGUUCAGGAUACUCCUGAGGUUGCCAAGGCUAAGGUUGAACAUUUUGCUGCUAUUCAAGCAGCGAAAAACAAAGUUGGUUACCAAGUUCUUGCAGUACCAGCUCCAAUUGAACUCCCACAACCAGUUCAAGACACUCCGGAAGUAGCCAAAGCUAAAGCAGAACAUUUGCUUGCCGUUGAGCAGGCAAAAUUGACAAACUCCAUCGCGUCUAUUGGUAGUGGAAUCUAUUUGGUCCAAAGUUCUAAGAAUUCUCAAUCACCAAUUCAAUUGUCGACUUCUAGUUCAGUUCCAUUACCAUCCCAAGGAUUCUCAUAUUCGUCAAGUGUUGUGAAUACUCCUAUUUUGCACUACUCUUAUGCACCAUACUAUCAAGUCGUUCAAAGCUUUUGUCAUUGUUUACUAAAUCAGACAUCUCAGAAGCGAGUACUAGUUCAUAUCGUAACUAGCAGCGUUUUUGAUUUUCACCAUCAUUUCCAAUUAGUUCCAUACCGAAAUUCUACCAACAUGAAAUUAUUUGUUGCAUUCUCGACUCUACUGGCUGUAGCUUCUGCUAGUACUUUGUAUUUGGCUCCAGGUCACCUAAUUGCACCAGCUAUUUCGAGUCAAUAUCAUUCUCAAGAUGGAAUUGGUCAAUACGCUUAUGGAUACAAUGAUCAUUUGUCAACUAAGCAGGAAGUUAAAUCACUAGAUGGAAUUACCAGAGGAUCAUACAGCUACAUUGAUUCCAACAAAAUUCUACAAACUGCCAACUAUGUAGCUGAUGCUGGUGGUUUCCGAGUUUCUGCAACCAAUUUGCCAAAACCUGUCGAAGCUCCAGUUAUUCCAGCUCAAAAUUUACCUCAACAAGUUUCUGAUAGUUUAGAAGUUGCUGCUGCUAAAUCUGCUCAUUUUGCUGCUAUUAAUGAAGCCAAACUGCGAUUGGGUGGACAGAAAUUACUUCCACUUUCUGUUUCUGGUAUACCACAACAAGUACAAGAUACUCCCGAAGUAGCCAAGGCUAAAGCAGAACACUUCACUGCUAUUCAAGCAGCUAAGAACCGAGUUGGUUACCAAGUAAUUGCAGUCCCUGCUCCAAUUGAACUUCCACGACCAGUUCAGGAUACCCCCGAAGUUGCCCAGGCUAAAGCAGAACAUUUUGCCGCUAUUGCAGCAGCCAAAAAUCAAAUUGGUUACCAAGUUCUUACCGUUCCAGCUCCAAUUGAAUUGCCACAACCAGUUGUCGACACUCCGGAAGUAGCCAAAGCUAAGGCAGAACAUUUGCUUGCCAUUGAGCAGGCUAAAUUAAGAAGCUCUUAUUCAGCUAUUGGAAAUGGAAUUUCGAUUGUUCAAAGUGCUCCGCUCGUUGCAUCACCAAUUCAAUUGUCGGCUUCUAGUUCAGUGCCAUUACCUUCUCAAGGAUUCUCAUACUCAUCAAGUGUUGUGAAUGUUCCUACACCUGUUGCAAACUAUGCAAUCACACCAUACUAUAUUGUCAAUCCAAAAUUAUAA